UCUCUGUUGCGCCCGAAUCCAAAUGAAUUGCUGUUCCAGGUGAAAAAUAACAAGAAUGGCCAGUGAUAAGGGUUCCAUACGCUUGCCAUGGCAUCAGCACAGAUUCGCAGGACAGUUCCGGGAACCGUUUCCUGAUAUGAGCCGGCCGAAGUGCAUCGGAUGUUGCAGCAUUACUGCCAAGCGGGACUUCGCCAACGAUGCCAGGAACGGCAGCUAUUUGUACGGGCCACCGUUCCCGGAUUUGCCGCUGGACCUCAACGCCGGCAUAGCCGAUGUCAUACGUAAGCCAACGGACUUUGAGCAAAAGGAUCUGGAGUUUGUGCUCCGCUACAUAGAGCACCACCAGGCGGAGCUGCUCCGGCCAAGGAAACGGCAACCAGAGAGCUUGGGUCUCCACACUCACUUCGUUACGCUGCGCGGCAUUCUCCGGCAGAUAAUGUGCCUGCAGUACGAUCGGAACUGCGAAUUCCGCAUAAAGGCAACGCUCCUGAACGGCACCAUAUACAUGGCCAAGGAGGCGACUGAAACUCAACAACUGCGGAACGAGAAUAUGACGACGAAAGAGAAGAACAUGUGCUCCUGGGGCUUCAAAUUCGAACAGUAUUUGACCUGCCAUCAUCCGCAGUCGAAGCCAGUGACCGAUGUGCCGGUCAACGAGGGUGACGAGUUCCUGGCCAUGUUCAGCAGCCAGUUGAGCGGAAUUGACUUGCUAUACGGCGCCGAAAUGGACUGUGUCGUCAGCAAAGAGCCAGUUGACUUUAAGGAUCCCAAAGUUCUGGACUCGAUAAAGUUCGUGGAGCUUAAGACCAGCGCGUACAUCAAGGCACCUAAUCAGAAACGCAACUUCGAUAACUACAAAUCGGCCAAUUGGUGGAGCCAGUCGUUCCUGGUGAACAUAGAUACUAUCUACGCUGGCCUACGGGAUCAUCAGGGAAUGGUGGUUGACAUCCAGGAGUUUAACGUCCGACAGUUGGCGCGCAACAAGCCGUGGAGUCCAGCGGCAAUGACCUUGUUUCUAGUGCAGUUCCUCAACAAACUAAAAGAUCUACUGGAGACAAUCGAUGAUCCCUACGCCGUGGUCCAGGUGGAUUUUAUUGCCUGCGAACAGAUUGUGAACUACAAGGUGCUAAGAGGCAAGGAGCACCAGAUCCUGCCCGACUGGUAUCGCGAUAUCCUCAAGGCGGGCUAAAAAAUCUGGACAAAACAAAGGUGGCUUUUAGUUUAAAACUAACUUAAGUUAGCCUAAGGUAAUAAAAUCGGACUAGUUGCAUUUUUGGCCGUGCCCGAAAAUUGUUUUCA